AUGAUAUCUUUUACUGACAGUGGCAGCUGUGAUACGUGUGCAAGAGCAGCUAGUGGCCAUUUCGUAGCAGGCCGGCUGUCUUCAUCUCUCUUGGAUUUAUUCCUGCGUGAUCAAUUGAAAACAAUGUCUGCCGCUGUGAUCCACUGCCUGGACGGGCGGGUUUGUCCUUUGCACUGGGAAUGCUGUGACGAGGGAUGCUGUAUACCAGCAACAAUUACUACGCGCAAUGAUCAUCUGUGGUACUCACAAUGGCAGGUGUUAUUUCUCCUGGGAACUUUCGUAGGUAUUUUAGUAUGCUGCGUGUGGUGCCUGCUUUAUAGGCGACCAUGUGGCGUUUACAUGUGUUCCUUUGCUUGCUGCAUCCCUCGAAAUCGCUCAGAGCAAGAUUCAGCUGGAUCCGUAUACCCUCCACCUCGGUAUAGUCGUUGCGGCUCGAUACACCAGGCGCCACCGCCUUAUUCUGAAGUAACAUCAAAGCCUGACCUCUAUCCACUCGUUAUUACUUGUGGCGAAGGAGAUGGAAAAUCUGGGGGGAGCUAUCUUAUGGUUCACUAUUUUAGAAACUAUGUAAUUCGCGCACCAGGUUCUUUAUCUGCCACGAGCACUGCAGAAUCUUUAAAUUCUAGUUUCUUAUGCAACGCUAAUGAGGCCAAUUCUAUGAUCCCGCCGCCAUACUCUUGUGCAAGCAACUACGCCGAGUGUGGCGUGGGUUGUGGUCGCUCGGUAUUGCGCUCUCUAUCCUCAUUAACGGAGCCACGGAGACAAACGCGAGAUCACAGCACCUUUAGGGAGAAUCUUAUUACAUCACCGGAUCCAAACUAUGAUCUAGAACUAGAGCUGAUCGAUUGUGAUCUUUACUGCGAUGGAGGUUGCAAACCCCGCCUGGGCUCGUCACCUCCACCACGUCGAGCUUCACCGAACGCUGAUGAAUCUUAUUGUGAACGGGCUGCAUAUCUACGCCAUCUAUUUCUUACAUCACCUGACACACCAGGUGGCUGCGAGUCACCUCCACAACCGACAAGCCCAACACAAUCUCGGGAGUCAACUCUCCGUAGACAAAUUGACGAAAGAUGCCAAAGACGUCACGAUCUCUUUAGAAAAACUUCACGAACUAGAAAAUCGAGCUUAUAUAUUCCACUAUCAAAAAUUCCUCCUGGUACAAGAAAAUUACUAACGCGAUCUGCCCCAGCAACUCCAAGCGGUGCACUUGUACCAAAUCUACUGAACUUUACUCAAAGAGUCUCAGCCUCAAGACAUAGUUCAAGAUCUUCACGGCUCGAAGAAGAAAACGAUCCCCUACUGGCGGAUGUGGAAGCUCCACAAACAGAUCAUAAAUUU